AGUAUGAGAAUAUGUUGGUAUGCCAAAUAUGUUUAUAGAUGUAGAUUAUUAUCCAACAAAACAUUAUAUCUGAGGCAGGUACCAUAUAAAUGAAUCUUUUGGCCAAAUUCUACAAAGGUUCUGUAUGGGUGAAAGCUAAAGCAGUGAUUUUUAUUUAUCGAUUGAUUGAUUUUUGGAAAGAAAGUGCAUUUGGAUCACUUUUGGUCUGCAAACAUUUAAACUUGAACCUGAACAAAUUUGCGAAGUUUAAUUUCUGAAUCAUAUGUGAUUUCACGCUAAUGCUCUGCUGUUUGAUUGAUAAGUGUAUGAAUUAAUGACAUACAAUAGAAUUUGAGUGUUUGAUUCACUCAAAUUAUUAUCGGACCUCGAUGCAUGUUGACCGUAGGUCUUGCCGUAUUUUGAAGUAUGUCUGAUUUUUAUUAUUACAAGAUGGUCAGUGAUUUACUAGGAGCUAGAAGGGAGAAACAGAAGAAAAAAAAAAAAAUGUUAGCCAAGUUUCCCAAAAGCAUCAUAGCAGGGUUAAAUGUCAGAACGAGCAACACAUGCCAUUAACACUCCCUAUACCAGUGAAGAUGAUCUUGAAAAUGGUUCCUCAAGGGUUCUUAGCUUCUUUGAAGGGGUUUGACAUGGAACCUGUUGAUAGCAAUGGUUCUACAUAAAACCUUUGGAUCUAAAGGAACGAACCAAAGAACCAUUCAGGGUUCUAGGUUUAAAUUUAUAAGAAACAAAGUUGGGAAACUUAAGCUGGUUAUGUUUAAUGUUGUAUCUACUGUCAGAGCUGCUGUUAUGGAAAAUGAAUCAUCACCGUCUGACCAAUCAGAUUUAAGAAUUCAGGUAUAAUGGAGUUUGUACAAUGAUACGAUAAUACUGUAGAGAGUUCUGCGCUAGCCGUUUAACAUUUAACAUUUCUAGGCUUCCUGUGAGAGUCACCAUCAUACUUUGACCCCUUUGCCUUAUCAUAAAGCUCUGAAAUGAGAUAAGUGAGCAAGGACAUGUGUAAUAGAUCAACCAGUGAGAGAGAGAGAGAGAGAGAGAGAGAGAAAAAGCAACACUCUGUGCAAACACAGAUCAGCAGCAAGUUUGAGUUCCUGCACAUCGAUAAUGGGUCUAAAGGGAUCGAAGCUCCCCGAUGCUCGGAUUCUCCUCCUGGGCCUGGACGGAGCCGGGAAAUCAACGCUCCUCUUCAAACUGAAGUACAACGAGCUCUUCCAGACGGUCCCGACCAUCGGCUUCAACGUGGAGAUGAUGGAAGCCAAGCAGAACAGGAAGAAGGUCACCCUGACGGUGUGGGACGUUGGAGGACAGGAGAAGAUGAGAACGCACUGGAAGAAUUACUACCAAGACACCGCCGGCCUCCUGUUCACCGUCGACUGUUGGGACAGGAGACGUCUGGACGAGGCCAGGCGAGAACUGGAGCGCGUGCUGAAGAACGAGCACCUCCGAGGACUUCCUGUAGUGGUUCUGGCUAACAAGCAGGAUAAAGAAGGAGCCCUGACAGCAACCGAGCUCACCGAGGCGUUUAACCUGAGGAAGAUGUGCAGCGACAGGGACUGGUUCGUUCAGCCGUGUUCAGGAAAAACCGGAGCUGGACUUCCGGAAGGGUUCAGGAGGCUGGCGCACCUGGUGAAAACCACCUCCGACAACAACAUUAAAGAGACGGUCAGGCAUUUGAGGAAGUCGAUGAAGACGUAGCUAUUUAACCUGCUGUAGCAACAAAUAUCCUAUUAAUCCAAAUAUUUUUUUGUAAUGAUUUUUAUUACAUUUAUUUAAAAUAUGCAGAACCUGUCACAACCCUGACCAGGAUAAAGUGGUAAGAUAAAUGAAUUAAUCAUUGAUUUAGUAUUCAUCUUAAAUCAUGUUAUCACAAUUUUUAGUGGGUUUUUUUUUUUUUGAAAUUUUAUGGAACUUUUUCAUUUUAACUUUUUACUUCACAACCCUGUAACUACAUUUUCUGUCAUAUAAAUAUUGAAAUGUUUUCCCUGUGUUCUUCAUGUUAAAGUUUUUAAUAUUGGUCCAGUAAUGUUUAAAGCGGGUUAUUUUGACCCGAUGAGUGAAAAUGAUUUGUUUCUUGAGUUUCACGACUUAAUUUUUUUUUUUUUAAAUGAAUACCUGUGUGAUCUGUGCUCAUCCAUGAAGAUGAAUCAUGUGCAUGGUGCUAUUGAUCAAAGGUCCAAGCUUUAUGGUGAGCAAUGGAGUCAUUUCUUUCAAGGCAAACACAGUUUAUUAAAAAAAAAAAAAGAAAAAAAAAAAAAAGAAAAAAAAAAAGAA